GCUAGAUAUUUUGCCUGCCUACUUGAAGCACAUAUAAUGGAUAUGGUUUCUAUUUUGAACAAUGACGACAACCCUUCCUUCCUCAUCCGAUGAUCUUCAAACUCAGUCGGUCCCAACCCAUACCACGAGGGUUUCGAUGCGCAAGGCACCGCUAUUCAAACCCAUUAGGAUCCCGGUACGGUGCGCCCAGAGACACAUUACGGACCGAACCAUGCCGUAUAUUUUCCAUCUUCCUAUGCACCAUGCGGUCAUCAUGGCUCCAUUCCGUCCGAUAGCAUACCACGCGUCAAGCCUCAAGAAGAACUGCUGUCUUCCAAGGACUUAUUUGGCAGGAUCGAUGAGCGCCGAACAGCAGCCAAGAGCAGCAACAAAAGCAGGCAAAAGAAAAAAUAUCCAUGUCCAUAUGCGGCAGAACACUCGUGCAAAGAAAUGUUCUCCGCGCCUGGCCAUGCUGCUAGGCAUAGCAAAACCCACACUGGCGAAAAAAAUGUGCGUUGUCCCAUCUGCAACAAGGCAUUCGCGCGACGCGACAAUAUGAGGCAACACCACCAGACGCACCGCGAAGAAGAUGUUGGCGGCAUUGCAAAGAUGGCAUUCCGGUCCUCCACUGCAGUUGGAGGGAAUCUGGGUCAAUCGAUUAUGUAAAUAGCUCAACAGAUUUUUGGCUCUGUUAUGGUAUAUCUGCCUCGAAAUGGAAGCCAUAUGGCAAUGACAAGCGGUGGGGCGUCCUAUUUAUCUUGCUCUAUUUUGAUACUGAAAUUUCCUGUUAUGCACUUUUGCUUUGGUACCAAUCUGUCCAUUUUCUGUGUUUUCAUUUUUUUUUUGUUUUUUUGCAGAUAAAGGUUGCCAUAUAUCAGGAACAGCGUGAUUGCUUGGUAGUUCUUGGUAGCAAAGGUCCUUUUUGCGCUUCAACCUUAAAGGCGUCGACAUCGUCUGGCUUGGUAGAGAACUUGGUCCGGGGUACAAAUUGUACUGACACAUUGGACAAAAAUCGACGAUAGGAUGUCUCUAUUUUCAACAAGCUGAUAGAACUCUUCAACAUGGAGCUCUUUCAAUUGGAAAGGCACAUGCUUAGCCAAAGGCAGCUCUGUUUCCGGGCCACUUCCCCAACAAGUCCGCCGGCACCUUCAAUGCGGCGAACAUCCUUUACUGAGAGGAUCCAAUUCGGCAUUGUUGAAAUUAAGCAUCCUACCCCCAGA